AGUGGAUUGAAUGCACACUGCUAAUCUGUAAGAUUAGCAGUGUGCUCUGUGUUAGCAGUUACCAGAUUAGCUCUGUGCUGUUAAUCCAGCUUCAGCCAUUAUGGCAGACGGGAGGACCACAGUCCUGCUCUCAGUGCUGAUGUUUGCAGCGGCGGCGGCGUUCGUGGAAGAGCUCAAUGAUUCCUUCAUGGAGACAAAAGGAGACGAUGAAAUCUGGCUCAUCAAGUUUUACGCCCCCUGGUGUACGUUCUGUAAACAACUGGAUCCGGUUUGGCAUCAGAUCGGAUCAGAACUUAGGAGUCUCGGCUCUCCAGUCCACGUCGGCAAAUCAGAUGCAACUGCCAACACCGGUUUGGCCAAAGAGUUUCGUGUCAGAACUUAUCCAGCCAUCCUUAUGUUAAAGAAGAAUAUAAAAUAUAAUUAUUCAGGAGCGAGAACCAAAGAUGGAAUAAUGGACUUUGCUAAUCGGAUUGCUGGGCCACUGGUUCGAUCACUGAGUAGUCUGCAGCUCUUCCAGCACGCUAUGAGCCGCCAUGAUGUCAUGUUUGUUUAUGUAGGAGCCACGUCACCGCUAAAAGGAAACUACACGUCAGUCGCUGAGCAGCUGAUUGUCCACACUUACUUCUUCUCAGCCAGCAGAGACGUCCUACCGAAGGCGGUGUCUCUGUCCACUCUGCCUGCUGUGGUGGUUUUUAAAGAUGGGACUUACUUCACCUACAGAGAGGAACGUGACGGGGACCUGAAGUCGUGGAUUAACAGAGAACGCUUCCCAAACUUCUCCCAGAUCGACAGCUACACUCUGUAUGCCAUGGGAGAGACAGGUAAGCUGGUGCUGUUGGCAUUGGUGGAGGAGAAGCACCUGGGUGAAGAAAGUCUCAGGUAUAAGAGUCUGGUGGAAAGUGUGGCUGCAGAGCACAGAGAGAGCUACAGCAGGGACAUGUAUUUCGGCUUCAUGGCUGGCUCUGAUUACAUCAGCGGCCUGGUGAUGGGUGAGAUCAUCGUGCCCUCAUUCAUCGUGGUGAAUCUGUCUAAUGAUGGCUACUUCCUGCCCCCUGGCACCGUGCAAACGGAGCACAACCUGCUGGACUUCCUGGACGGCGUACUGAACGGCAGCGUGCAGGGUCACGGAGGAAACGGCGCCUUUCAACGAGUCAGACGCCUCGUUUACGAUACCAGAGUCACGCUGGCACCCAUCUUCAGCCACGCGCCGCUGCUUGGCUGCUUUCUGGUCGCCUUUCCACUUACCAUUGGCGCCUGCUUCUGCUACCUGUGCUUUAAGGCCCGCCCCGCUGUGGUCAAUGAAGACGGCACGCCACUGUUAACGCCUCUGCUGGGAAGCCACAAAAAAACGAGCAAGAAGAAGUCAGACUGACGGCGAGGACUAGCGGGAGGACCUGAGACCAAUCCAGAUCCACAGCUGACCGAGAAGAAGCCUAGCCGAGGAUGUUUUCCUCUGAUCUAUGACAACUCGACCCGAAUCCCACAGUAAUCGAUUAAAAAGUUCUGUUAAAACAGCUGCGAUCAAUAAAGCAAAA